AUGGCUCUCCCAUCAACUGAAGGUCUUCGAAAGCGGAAAGAUUCGUUAUCGGAUGAAUUCGACUCAGAACUAGAUGACAAUGAGAUGAAAGCAAUUGUAAGUGACAUAGAGCAAGAUAAGAUUCAUGAGGAAGCACCAGAUACCAGAUGGAUUCGUUUCAAGAACCAUCUGAAAGAUUGGGGAGAGACUGCAACAAUCCAUGGAAUCCCCCAUAUGGCUCAGGCCCAUACUGUCAUUGCAAUCGUCGUCUGGAGCAUCAUAAUGAUCAUAAGUGCCGUUGGAUUCGUCUACAUGUUCUACUCAAUUGCAGCUUCCUAUCUGGCGUUUAAUGUAGUUGUUCAGCUGAACACCGGUCUGGACUCUGAACCAUUUCCCUCCAUAACUUUCUGUAAUACCAAUCCAUAUAAGUUGAGUGAAAUGAUCAAUGUUCCCGAAUUGAAUGCUCUGUUGACUGUGUAUCAAGCGUCCGCUGAUGGAAGUUUGAGUUGA